AUGACAGGUUCUUCGAGCUCCAAAUUCGACGAGUUUCAAUGGGUCAAUACCAUCCGUCGAACGCUCGAAAGGGAACUUGAAGACGAUACUGAUCAAAUUCCGGUGUGCAUUUUUACUGUCCCCAGAACCCUCAUGUCUAGCCAUCCCGACUUUUAUACUCCACAUCAACUUCCACUUGGUCCAUACCAUUAUUGGCGUCCAGAUCUAAGUGAGAUGGAGAGCUACAAGCUUUCGGCAGUAAAAAAACUCCAAAAUCAAUUUCAAAGCAACGACUUUCAGAAUCUUGUCGAGCAAUUGGUAAAGCUUGAACCAAAGAUUCGGGCAUGCUACCAUAAGUACUUAAAUCUCAAUGCUGAAACACUAGCAUGGAUGAUGGCUUUGGAUGCUUCGUUUUUACUCGAGUUUCUUCAAAUUUAUUCCGUCAAAGAAAAUGAAGUUUUAUCGAGGAUUUCCUCAAGGAUGACACAUUUGCUUGAUUAUUCAAAGAGCAAAUCGGCACAUUAUGUAAUUCUCCGGGAUAUAGUGAUGAUGGAGAAUCAAAUUCCAUUAUUUGUAUUGAGAAAGGUGCUUAAGUUUCUACUCAUGUCAGCAGAAUCAGCUGAUGAAAUGCUGAUUUCCAUGUUACUAGGGUUAUGUAAAGAGCUCUCUCCUUUCAAGACGGUAGAGUUGGAGAAGACUAAAUUCUUGGAGCAUUCCCACUUGCUAGACUCUUUGUAUGACAUUAUGGUGCCCAGAGUGGAAGAACUACCUAUUGAGAUAACAAUUGAAGAUGUUGAAGAAAAUCGUUCUGAAACAGAGCAAGAAAACGAAGGAUCUGGAAUUGAGUUGAAUCUUGUGAAAAGUUUUUUGAGCGAGCUCUGGAAUACGGUUUCUGAACUAAACAUAGGCCCAAUGCGUUUCCUCAAGAACGCUUCAGCAUCAAUGACAAGCAAAUUAGGAUUUUACUGGACAAUACUAAAUAAACUUCUGAAUCUAUCAGCCUCAAAUUGUGUCAGUGAGCCAGAAAAUGAGAGGGUCAGAAAUAACCAGCAGCUGCCACCUUUGGUAGAAGAGAUCGCAAUUCCUUCUGUCACUCAGCUCUCUAAUACUGGUGUCCGUUUUUUACCUACCAAGGGUAACAUCUCCACCAUUAACUUCGACACGGAGACAGCUGCAUUUUACGUCCCCAUUAUUAGUUUAGAUGCAAACAGUGAGUUUAUAUUUAGAAACUUAGUGGCAUAUGAAAUAUCGCAUGCCUCAGGACCCAUGAUUUUUGUUCGGUACAUUGAAUUGAUGAAUGGGAUUAUUGACACCGAGGAAGAUGUAAGAUUGCUUAGAGAGAGAGGCAUUAUUUUCAACCACUUGAAGAGUGAUCAAGAGGUGGCAAACCUAUGGAAUGGGAUGAGCAGGUGCAAGUCCAUUAGGCUGACAAAAGCUCCGUUCGUAGAUAAGGUGAUUGAAGAUGUUAACAAGUAUUACAACAGCCGAUGGAAG